CCGCUGAAACAGUCACCGGAAAAAGGUCGAGUUUAAAUUUUGACAGACUAGAAGUAAAUUCGAAAAUGCGCGCGCACUGUAUUUCUUUCGCGAAUUACGAAUCAAUUGGUGAAGAUUCGUGGAAUUUAUUUGCAGAAUUGCAUUGAUUAUUAAAAGUAUUACCUCGUUGUUAAUACAGAAUUGUACCUGUGGUGAAAUUAUUGAGAAAAAUAAUCAACAUAACCUAAUUUUGGCUGUCAAAAUCACUUUUCUCGUUUCAUUCACCACGUGUGGUUGCCGCCGAAACUUCUCACAGAUUUACAGAAAAAUACAGCAAAAAUGGCAAGCGAUUUGGAACAGAAGAUCAUAAAACAAGUCGAGUAUUAUUUCGGCGAUAUUAAUUUCCCGCGCGACAAGUUUUUACAAGAAAAAAUCAAAGAAGACGAGGGGUGGAUUCCCAUCAAAGUUCUGUUAACUUUCAAAAGAUUGGCGAGCAUUUCUGAUGACCCCGAAGUCAUCGCAGCGGCUGUGGAAAAGUCCGAAAACAAAUUGGUAUUGGUAAGCGAGGAUAAAAGUAAGGUUAAGAGGAAUCCAGAGCAACCUAUUCCCGAGCAAAAUGAGGAGAGGCAAAAAGAACUACAAAAACGAUCCGCUUAUGCCAAAGGUUUUCCACUGGAUGAACAGCUAAAUGACAUUAUAUUAUUCAUGGAACCUUAUGGAGAAAUCGAUUGCGUCAUUCGUAGAACCCUAAAAGACCACAAAUUCAAAGGUUCUUGUUUUAUUGUGUUUAAAAAUUUCGAUGACUGCAAAAAAUUUGUUGAACUUGAGUCUGUAAAGUACAAGGAGACGGAAUUGAUAAGGAAAUUUCAGAAUAAAUAUCAUGAGGAUAAGAAGAAGGAGAUUGAGGAGCGUAAAAAGGCGCAAAAAGAGAAAAAAGAGGCCAACGAGAAGCAACAAGAGAAACAAAUUGAAUUGCCAAAGGCUGCUGUUAUUCAUUUUACAGGUAUUCCAGAGGGAACUUCAGUAACAAGGGAGGAAUUAAAAGAAAUGGCAAAAGAAUACCUUGAAGCACAAUUUAUUGACUUUAACAAGGGUGAUUUAGAGGGUCACAUUCGUUUCCCAGCUGAAGGAGAUGCAAAAGAGUUCUUAAAAAAAGUUGAGGAUGUCGAGGUCAAAAUUGGCGAAGUAAUCUUAAAAUUUAGGUUAAUUGAAGGUGAUGAGGAGGUUGAGUACCUCAAAAAAACAGUUGAAAACAUAAACAAAAUGAGGCAGAAUAAAAAAUUCGGCAAAGGUAAUUUCCGGAAACGCAGGGGCGGAUUCAAUCACGGUGGACAAAACAAAAGGUCCCGAAAUUAAUUGUAAGUCGCGUUAAAUUUGUUCUUUGUAUUGUAUAAGAUUAUCUCAAAGUUGAAAAAGUACAGGUAAUUAUGUUGUAUCUGUUGAAAUAGAUGUUUUAAUUUUUUACUGAGUUUUGAAUUUUAAAUAUUAUUGUAUUGACUGGAGUUGAUUGUUAUAAGUACAAAUGUUUUUUGUACUUGAUAAAAGGUUAAUAAACUGAAAUUAAAUAA